CUCUAUAAAGCGACUUGGUGGGUCUGCGAUCCUGGGAUGACCUCUACCUAGCAAUUCCCUUGGCCCCCUAAUCCACUUCUUCCCCAUUUUCAACAGCUGCAAUGGUUCGCUUGACCGAGGCAGGUCUCCUCUGCUUGAGCAUCGCGUCGAUAGCCUGCCUUGCGCGCGCCUUGCCUACCUCUCGGGAAGAGGAGCCGCACCUCAGCGCGCUUAGCAGCGGCAGCAGCAGCAGCAGCAGCAGCAGCUCCGACUCCAGCUCAGAUACGGGAAUUGGAAAUGAUGUAGAGGUGCACACUCGUUUGCAAGGCACCUUUGUAGGAACUUUCAACAAGACGACGGGUCAAGAUCAAUUUUAUGGCAUUCCCUACGCGACUCCACCUCUGGGCCAGCUGCGUUUUCAGCAGACGCGGCCUCUCGAAGCGUACAAAGGCGAUGAACAGCGGACGGCAAAGCAAUUUGGCAACCUCUGCAUCCAGACGAACAAUGAAACGUUCAGAGGCAGAGUCAACUUUUCUGAAGAUUGUUUGUACCUCAACAUUCAACGACCCGCUGUCCGCAAGGUCGGCAAAAAGCUCCCCGUCUUGGUCUUCAUUCACGGUGGAUCCUGGAAAGAUGGCGGCAGUUCCGCGGUCAACUACGACCCCGCAAACUUGAUCCAGCACUCGCUCAAGCUGGGCGAGCCUAUCAUCCACGUGGCCAUGAACUUUCGUCUCGGUGUGUUCGGCAAUCUCCUAGGGCCCGGUGUGUCUGCUGCAGACAAAGAAGGAAGCGCUGCUCUGAACGCAGCCUACUACGAUCAACGAGAAGCCCUUCGAUGGAUUCAAAAGAACAUCGAAUAUUUUGGAGGAGAUCGUGAUCGGGUCACUAUCUGGGGUCAAUCCUCCGGCGCCAACGGUGUAGCAGCUCAAUUGCUAGCAGACGAAGGCGACGUUGGCAAGGAUUGCAAAGGCUGCUUCCACAACGCCUUUUUGGAGAGCGGCUCUCAAGCCACAGCGCCCAGACUGAGCCCGACGUCGACCGAAGCCACACAAGCUUACGGCGCUUUGUUGAAGAUGCUCGGCUGUGCCAUGGCAGAUGUCAAUUCUGCAGAUAGUGUGGACUGCCUCAGGAGAGUCGACGCUGCUAGCCUUGAGCAAGCUGCUAUCGCGGUCAGCGGUGGAGGUGCGCUCUUUGUUCCAGUUUUGGAUCGCAAGUUUGUAUCUGAGCUGCCAUCGUCGCAGCUAGCCCAUGGCAAAUUCGCAAAGGUUCCAAUCAUCAGUGGAGACGUUCUGGAUGAAGGAACGCUCUUUGCUAGUUUGAAUCUGAAGGGCAACACAAACACCACCACUUUUCUUGCUGGGAUUGCAAAUUUGCACAAGGUACAAGAUGAAGCUGUGCUGAAACAGAUCGCAGAGCUGUAUCCCGACGAGCCCAAAGUUGGGAGUCCAUUCAGACCAGAAUUGGUGGGAGCGUCGCCGGACGACAGGUUCUUUGGUCCUGCUCAUCAGUGGAAGAGAACAUCUGCAGCAGAGGGCGACUUGCUCUUCCAAGCAGGUCGCCGUCAGCAAAUCCAAGCGGCCAGCAAAUCAGGCGUUGCGGUCUACAGCUACCUCUUUUCUCUGCCAUCCCCUACAUACGUUCUGCCCGGCCCUCAGACCGGCCCCUUUUUGGGAAUUCCGCACGGUUCGGACAUUCCGUUCCUGUACAGCAAUACGCCCAAAGCCGCACCUCCAUCCUCCUCCGCAGCUCUGGUCAAGUACGCACCUCAAAAGGAUCUCGAUCGACAAUCCGACAUUUUCUCUUCCGCCCUCGUCCAUUUCGCUCAUACAGGAGACCCCAACGGCAAAAACCUACUUGGUCGAGCUCCCGAAUGGCCUCGAUACGACGCGCAGUCUAAGCGAUUGCUGCAGGUGCAAGGCACAUACAACACGACGAUCAUCGAGGACACUUAUAGAGAACAGGAAAUUGGUUUUAUCCUUGACAAUGCCCCAGCUUUCCAUAUCUAGGCGCCCUCGUCGACGUUCACGAGGGCUUAUCUGACACGGUUCCCACAAAGUCCUCCAUGCACGGGUGAUAAAAGUCUUGACUGUAGCUGUUGCUCUAAUGAUGCCUCCUCCAUGCUAAUGUUGUGCUACAAAUUGACGUCAUUCCGAAUCAGAGUGCAGAUGAAAUAUGAAAAGGGCACCUGCACACAUAAACCU